AUGCAAUUAUUCAGGGCAUCCGCAAUUCUGCAAUGUCUUCAACAACACUGCGUCCAGACGAGUAGCGCCACUGGCCGAGUUCUACGUCCUAAAGACAAGCCAUUGCUCAUUCUAUAUCUGAAGAACAUAAACCUUCCUGCUCCAGAUAAGUACGGCACGAAUGAAAUGUUAGCGUUUCUGCAUCAAUUGCUCACCUAUCACGGCUACUAUGAUGAUCAUUUGGAUUGGAUAGGGUUGGAAAACGUGCAGAUAGUGGCAUCGAUGGCGCCGUCAGCAACACAGUCUUCGAUACCUCCUCGAUUGAUGUCCCUGAUGCGAACGAUCACCAUCGGGUAUCCAUCGGAACAGAACCUCAACGCUAUCUAUUCCUCUUAUCUUAUGCCAAUUUUAGAGGCUCCUCUCGGCUCAUCGGCUCGUGUCGAGGCAAUGGCAUCGGUGAUGGUACGACUUUACGAAGAAGUUCGCUCCAAUUUCCGCCCUGCUGACAGAGGUCACUACAUCUUCACACCAAGAGAUCUGACAAAGUGGACACUGGGAACGAUGCGGCACGAGUUGACCAACGAGUCAAAGGUACUUGAAGUGAUAGCGUUCGAGUCAAAACGGAUCUUCAAGGAUCGGUAG